AUGAAGUUUUUCAUUUCACUGUGUGUGUCGCUGCUCCUGAUUCAUGGUGAAAUAACCAGUGGACAAACAACAGGCCUAUAUACUACUUCCAGCUUUGACCCAUGUUAUGAAUAUAACACUCUGGAUAAUUUUUGGCGAACUAUAAGACCAAUGUACUUCAAUGACCGUGAUGACACACUACUUGAAUGGAGCGGCUGGUAUCGGCUGUAUCUGAGUGGACAAAAUGCCCAGAUGUCUGAGUGGUGCGUGACUGAUAUGAGCUGUGGUGGUUACACCGGACUGUAUCUCAACGGUUCUCAUCCAACACUUGAGGAUGGAGUGGUGACCCGUGACGUUUUGGGAAGUCAUAUUUGGUAUAACGAGUGUGGAAAAUACAGAUCCACAUCCAUCCAAGUCAAAGCCUGUCCAGGAGAUUAUUACGUCUAUGAACUCGUCAAGCCAGAUUUGUCGAUACCCAGACCUUCAUACUGUGCAGUUGCUUUCCCAAGCAUCAGCAGUGACCCCUGCUACAACUAUGAGUCUCUGGAUCGGCCCUGGAGAGCCAACAAUGAAACUGUAGAAUACAUUUGUGAUGAAUCUUUCUCCUGGAGGGGCUGGUACAGGCUUUUCUACAAUGGAAUGAACAUCCAGAUGCCAGAGACCUGUUCUAGUUCAUACAGCUGUAAUGCAUACAUAGGUCUAUGGCUUAAAGGUCAUCAUCCACAGAUAGAGGAUGGAGUGGUGACCAGAGAGGUCUGUGGUCAUUAUAACUGGGGUGGCUGCUGUGAUUACAAGACAAAACCCAUCAGAGUGAAGGCAUGUCCAGGAAAUUAUUAUGUCUAUGAACUUGUAAAUCCACAAAUCUGGUGUUCAGGAUACUGCACAGACGUCAGCAACAUUUCACAGGUGGUUUCCACUGCAAGUCCAGAUAUACUAACUGGAUCCACUAUCACCUUCAAUUAUGACCCUUGCAGUUACUACAACACGAUUGACAACUACUGGAGAAACACACAUACUUCCUGGUCUGUGUAUAAUGAUGUAAAUGGAUUUGAUAACAAUCAUGAAUGGGGUGGCUGGUACAGACUCUUUAUGAACGGAUUGAGUGCUCAGAUGCCGGACUGGUGUGCCACUUAUAUGACAUGUGGAGGAUUUACUGGUCUGUGGCUUCAUGGAUCUCAUCCUCGACUAGAAGAUGGAGUUGUUACUCGUGAAGUUUACGGCUCCCGUGAUGCUCAGUGCAGUCGCUACAGAUCCAACCCAAUCCAAGUCAAAGCUUGUGCUGGAGAUUAUUAUGUCUACAAGUUUACCAGACCGCCUCUUUCAAUCCCAGGUCCAAGCUAUUGUGCAGUGUCUUUUACCACGCCAAGUGUCGACCCCUGCUACAACUAUAAGAGUCUGGAUGAACCUUGGAGAUCCACUGAUUACUCUUACUAUUAUAACCCUAAAUGUGAUUGGAAUGAGGCAUGGGAUGGCUGGUACAGGCUGUUCUACAACAAUCAGAGUGCUCAGAUGCCAGAAUCAUGUGUAAAUGCAGGCAUGUGUGGCACUUAUUACCCAAUUGUGCUCAAUGGAUCCCACCCUCAGCUGGAAGAUGGAGUGGUCCUCCGUCAGGUUUGUGCUUCUGGAUGGAGCAGCUGCUGUGCUUACACAGCUGAGCCUAUAAGAGUCAAAGCCUGUCCUGGAGAUUACUAUGUGUAUGAGCUUGUGAAGCCAAUGUUUUGUGGAGCUUACUGUGUUGUACCAAAAGUUACAAACCAGUCCAGCACAGAAGUGACAACAACCCAGCCAAUCACAUCCAUAGACUUCAUUACUCCACCAACCACUGCUCCCCCUGUUGACCCCUGCUACAACUACUUCAUCCUGGAUGAUCCAUGGAGAUCCACCAGCAAUCAAUAUUCCUCUCAGUUAAUGUGUGACAGUGCGGUGAGCUGGAGCGGCUGGUACCGUCUCUUCAUUAAUGGUCAGAGUGUUCAGAUGCCAGACACAUGUGUUGAUGAGUAUAGCUGCGGCACUAAUGCUCCACUGUGGUUGAGCGGAGGACAUCCAACACUUGAGGAUGGAGUGGUCUCUCGUAAUGUCUGCGGACACUGGAGCAACAACUGCUGCUAUUUCCAGUCCAAUCCCAUUCAAGUCAAAGCCUGUCCUGGAGGUUUUUAUGUCUAUGAGUUUGUGAGGCCGACCACCUGCAAUUUAGCAUACUGUGCAGAUGUGAGGUUUAACACUAGCUACACAACUGACAUACCAGAGACGACCACAACAGAAACCACAACUACAACAACUGAAAGUACAACUUCCAGCUUUGAUCCAUGCUAUGAUUAUAACAUUACUGAUGACUACUGGAGAGAUAUACAGCUAAAUGAGUACCUUAUUGACAACGAUGACACUCUUAUUGAAUGGAGCGGCUGGUAUCGGCUAUAUCUGAAUGGACAAAGUGCCCAGAUGUCUGAAUGGUGCGUGACUUAUAUGGGAUGUGGUGGUUACACUGGACUGUAUCUCAAUGGUUCUCAUCCAACACUUGAGGAUGGAGUGGUGACCUGUGACGUUUUGGGAACUCAAGCAUGGUCUAACCAGUGUGGAAAAUACAGAUCCACGUCCAUCCAAAUCAAAGCCUGUCCAGGAGAUUAUUACGUCUAUGAACUCCGCAAACCAGAUGUGUCGAUCCCCAGACCUACAUACUGUGCAGUUGCUUUCCCAAGCAUCAGCAGUGACCCCUGCUACAACUAUAAGUCUCUGGAUCGCCCCUGGAGAGCCAACAAUGAAACUGAAUAUUUCAUUUGUGAUGCUUCUUUCUCCUGGAGUGGCUGGUACAGGCUUUUCUACUAUGGAAUGAACAUCCGGAUGUCAGAGACCUGCAUUACUGGACCCAACUGUAACACAGGUAUAAAUCUGGUACUCGAUGGUCCUCACCCUCAGAUAGAGGAUGGAGUGGUGACCAGAGAGGUCUGUGGUAGUCAUUACUGGAGCAGCUGCUGUGAGUACAAGACAAGCCCAAUCAGAGUGAAAGCGUGUCCAGGAAAUUAUUAUGUCUAUGAACUUGUGAAUCCACAAAUGGGGUGUUCAGGAUACUGCACAGAUGUCAGCACUAUUUCACAGGUUGUAUUGACUGUAAGUCCACAAAUAAUCACUGGAUCCAGCAUCAUAUCGAAUUAUGACCCAUGCAGUAACUACAACAUACUAGACAACUACUGGAGAAACACACACAAUACCUGGACUAUGUACAUAGAUAAACACGAUGACACUCUUGUAGAAUGGGAUGGCUGGUACAGACUCUUCAUUAAUGAAUCGAGUGCUCAGAUGCCGGACUGGUGUGCCACUUAUAUGUCAUGUGGAGGAUUUACUUCUCUGUGGCUUCAUGGAUCUCAUCCUCGACUAGAAGAUGGAGUUGUUACUCGUGAAGUUUACGGCUCUGUUCAUGAUCAGUGCAGUCGCUACAGAUCCAACCCAAUCCAAGUCAAAGCUUGUGCUGGAGAUUAUUAUGUCUACAAGUUUACCAGACCAACAGUUUCAAUCCCAGCUCCUGUAUAUUGUGCAGCAUCGUUCCUCACCCCAAGUGUCGAUCCCUGUUUCAACUAUACCAGUCUGGAUGAACCUUGGAGAUCCACUGAUAAUUCUUAUUAUAAAACCGGACACAUUAGAUGUGAUUAUACUGAGUGGAAUGGCUGGUACAGGCUGUUUUACAACAAUCAGAGUGCUCAGAUGCCAGAAUCAUGCGUAAAUGAAGGCAUGUGUAACACUUAUUACCCACUGUGGCUCAACGGAUCUCACCCAGAGCUUGAAGAUGGAGUGGUCCUCCGUCAUGUUUGUGCUCCUGGAUGGAACGGCUGCUGUGGUUACACAUCCUACCCUAUAAGAGUCAAAGCCUGUCCUGGAGAUUAUUAUGUGUAUGAGUUUGUACAGCCAAGAGUGUGUGCAGUUUACUGUCUAGUAAAUCAGUCCAUCACAUCAGUGUCCAGAACAACAGCAUCCAUCCCACUCACUGAAUCCAUUACUUCACCAAUCACAACUACUGCUCCCCCUGUUGACCCCUGCUACAACUACUUCAUCCUGGAUGACCCAUGGAGAGCCACCAGCAAUCAAUAUUCCUCUCAGUUAAUGUGUGACAGUGCGGUGAGCUGGAGCGGCUGGUACCGUCUCUUCAUUAAUGGUCAGAGUGUUCAGAUGCCAGACACAUGUGUUGAUGAGUAUAGCUGCGGCACUCAUGCUCCACUGUGGCUGAGCGGAGGACAUCCAACACUUGAGGAUGGAGUGGUCACUCGAGAUGUCUGCGCUCACUGGAGCAACAACUGCUGCUAUAUCCAGUCCAAUCCCAUUCAAGUCAAAGCCUGUCCUGGAGGUUUUUAUGUCUAUGAGUUUGUGAAGCCGACCACCUGCAAUUUAGCAUACUGUGCAGAUGUGAGGUUUAACACUAGCUACACAACUGACAUACCAGAGACGACCACAACAGAAACCACAACUGAAACCAGAACAAUAAUAUCUGAUGUCAGAAAGCCCUGUUCUGAACUCAACUGCUCCAAAGAGGAAAGGUGUGGGAUGAAAAAUGGUGUUUAUGGCUGUUUAUGUAACAAAGGCCACCAAAAACAGCGAGCACCUCAAGACUCCUUUGAUUUCAAUGAGACCUGUGAGAGCAGCUCUGGCUCCAUGUCUGUGUCUCGCUGUCAGCUUUUUGAAGCUGGUUUUUCAGCUGAGCACUUACACCUCAAUGACCCCAGCUGCAGAGGAACCGUCCAGAACGGCAGAGUGGAGUUUAACUUCGACAACGAUCAACACAUCUGUGGCACAAAUCUUGUGGCCAACGGCAGCCACUUCAUCUACAGUAACUAUAUUGUGGGGACGCCGGGAACAGAAGGUCUCAUCAGCAGAGUGAGAAUCCUGAAGCUUUCUUUCAGCUGUGUUUAUCCUCAAACACAAACACUUUCCAUGAACAUGGAGAUCAACCCACUGCAGAGCAAUGUGCACAAGGUCCUCCCCAGUGGUGAAGGGGUCUAUCAGGUCCGGAUGGUCCCGUUUGUAGAUGAAGACUUUACUCAGCCCUUCACUGGUAGAGUGGAUGCAGAGCUGGACCAGGAGAUGCAUGUGGAGGUUGAUGUUGAGGGGGUCGACAGCCGCCAGUUUGCCCUGGUGAUGGACACGUGUUGGGCUACACCUGUGAAUGACCCUGAUUACAGUCUUCGCUGGGAUCUCAUCACUGAAGGGUGUCCCAAUCCUGAGGACGACACAGUGAAGCUGCUGCAGAACGGCGUCUCCACAAGCAGCCGUUUCUCCUUCAGGAUGUUCAUCUUCACUGCAAACUCCACUAAGCUUUACCUGCACUGUGCUGUUCACCUUUGCCUUCUGUCCAGUGAACAAUGCUCAACGAGCUGUAACUCUGGACAUCAUCGGAGAGAGCGCAGGGCUUUGGAUCUCCAUGACAGUGCUUCACUAUCUAUGGGUCCUCUAGUGUGGUCUGGAGGAAACACAGAUGUUCAGUUUCUCCCAGACCAAGUGAAGGUUUCUGAGGCUUCUUGUCUGUGUGCUUCUCUGGUGCUGUUGUUCAUUCCUCUGAUGAGUUUCUUCACCCUUUCCUAGUUCAUUGCCACAUAAAGUGCAACAUUUA